GUACCCUGCCACACCGGCGAGGUACCCUGCCGGACCCGCUGGUUAUCGUUCCCCACAGUAUGGUGCUCCACCCCCUGGCUACGGGCCCACCAUGAUGGGCAGGCUCUUCGAGAGGAUCACGGGAGUGCCGGCGGCGCAGAGGGCGCCUCUGGGGGACCGGGUCCGCAACCUCAUGGGCGGCGUGAGCUCUGUCGUUAGGACCGUGGGCGACGUUCUCAAUAUCGUCAGCAAAUUCCAAGGCUGA